AUGGAAACUGUAGACAAGCGGCAGCGGGCACUCCUGGCGCAGCCGCCAGCGCCGCCGCCGGCGGAGGACGCCGCGGAUCCGGUCGCCGCUGUUUUCGGCAACGUGGACCUCCUCCGCGAGAUUCUCCUCCUCCUCGACGCCCCGUCGCGCCUCAUCCGCGCCGCGCUCGUCUCCACGCGCUGGCACGACGCCGCCAGGGACCCGGCGUUCCUCCGCCGGUUCCGUGCGCGCUGCCCGCCCGCCCUCCUGGGUUUCUUCGCCGCGUUCGGCCAAGGCACCCUUUGGCCGCUGGCGGCGCCCCAACCCAAGGUAGACGUCGUGCGCUUCGUGCCCCUACCUCACCCACCGGAGCUCGACGGCGCCGCGCGCCUCGUUGGCGCCACCUUCAACGGCGGCGCACCCACGGAUCUCGUCGUGGGCUGCCGCAACGGCCGCGUCCUCGUCAAGCACGGGGGCCGCCACGGCAAGAAGUACUCUGUGCGCACCCCACUGCGGUCGGUGGCCCUCGGUAGUGUUAUUCGGCGGCCGGCGUCGUUCCCUUCCCGCGAUCUCAUCACACAAGGCGUCCCCUUCGCGCAGGUUGAGCUCAUCCCAUUUCCCGGCGCCGGCGGCGAUCCCCGCGACGCCGACGCCAGCACCCUGUCCGCAUUUGGCGAGACGAUCAUGAUGCCCUCCAGGUUCGAUUCUACCAUGGGGAAAUUUAUCCAGCAGGUAGUGUAUGUCCGGCGGCAAACUAGAGGAUGGGCGACCCACGUCUCGCCCCCAUUGGAGCUCCCUGUUCCGGUGGUGUUCCACAGAGAACCCUGCAGCCUGCUGGUGGGGGGCAGGUGGCUCUGCAUGACCACCGUGCUCGGUUGCAUCGUCGUCUUCGAUCUGGCCACAGAGACCUUCUCCGUGGUGAGCUUCCCCGAUGGCGUGACGGUGUCCUGUGUGGAGCUAGACAUCCUGGACCACACCCUGGCAAGGGCUGGGGAUACCGGGAUCUACCUCGUCCAUGCCAAGGGCGUGGAGCUUCAUGUUUGGUUCCGGAGGAUGGACGGAGGCGCAGCAGGCAUCUGGGAAAGGGUGGAAACUGUUUAUCUCCCUAUGUUGUUUGGUGACCUUGUUGCCAUGAAAAUCUGGGAUUAUCUUGUUUCCCGGAAUGCUAAAUUGGUGGACGUCGAUCACUUCUAUGUUUGGGAUUUGGAAUACGGUGUAGAGGUUCAUGACGUUGUUGGGGAUGACGCAGAGUUUGUGUUCCUGACAGUGGCAAAACAUGGGCCCGUGUUCUUAUUGGAUGUCAAGAAGAGGAAGGUCGAGAAGGUGCUGCAGACGUGUGGCGAUGGUCGUCAGCUGUGUGGGAUCUCUGCCUUCAUGAUGCCAUGGCCUCCAGUCUUCCCAGCAUUGAGCCAAAGGGGGUGA